GAUUAAUAUAUAAUGAGAAUUUCAUGAAGUUCAAUCAAUAUGUUAGCAACUUACCAUCCAGUUGCAGCAUCCAAGAUCAAAUGGCAUUAAUAGAUAAACAAAAGUAGCAAUCCCAGAUGAUAUGUUUAUCGAGGACCAGGAUUCGAAAUAUAAAAUUAGUUAGGCAUAUGUGCAAUCUAAGAUGCAAAAUGAUAAACCAAACAAAGAAACAUAUACGCAUGCAACAGUUUAGUAUUCCACAGGUAAACCGUUGAUGAGGGCGGGCGAUCAGUGGGGCAAUUCUAACCAAUUAGAAAAAAAAUGAACCUGAAGCGGACUGUUUGGGUUUCCGGCGAUGGCUACCAGAUUAGAUUCGACUCUGAGUCUGACCUCCUCGCAAUGAGCUUCGAACUGUAUCGAAAUAGUUGACGGAAGCUUGAGACGCGGGAUCGAUCUCGGGCCAAGUCUCUUUUCUAUCCCUUAGAAUAGCAGUGAAAUCAGCCAGUUACCGUGACGACCAAAAAUUACACAACUGCCCAAAAUAAGAACGAAGGAGAUAAAAUGAUGAAUAGAUUGAUGAUUCACACCACCACCAAAACACCUUAUCAAAAAAAUGGAAAAACAAAAGACGAUGCGUCUCUCCACGUGACGACCACACCUCUUAAACCCCCUCGUACUGUUGGCCCGCAAUCAAACAAACCUCAACACGCAAAACUAGACACAUCAAACAAAGCAACGCAUAAAACCCUGAAACCCCCCAUACCAGACCAGAGAGAUUCUCAUUUGACCAACCUUCCCUUCCAAGUCUCACUUACCCCAAAAUUCCCCUUCCGUUUCCUCUCAACAAAAACCAACCCACAAAAUCCAGAGAAACUUAGAUUCAAUAGAGGAAGGGAGAUGGGUGGGAUUUCCAAGGAGGCUCAGCUGUCCAUCGCCGCCUCUUCGAUGUUUCCGGGGUUUAGAUUCUCACCGACAGACGAGGAGUUGAUUUCGUACUACCUUAAGAAUAAGUUGGAGUCCCCCGAGAAGAGCGUCGAGGUUAUUUCUGAGGUUGAUAUCUGCAACUUCGAGCCAUGGGACUUACCAGCUAAGUCUGUCAUUCAAUCAGAGAAUGAGUGGUUCUUCUUUUCUCCACGGGGCAAAAAGUAUCCAAAUGGUUCACAGAGCAGAAGAGCAACUGAAUCUGGUUAUUGGAAAGCCACAGGCAAAGAGCGUAAUGUAAAGUCAAGUUCUAAUGUUAUCGGUACCAAGAGGACACUUGUGUUCCACAUCGGACGUGCACCGAAAGGUGAAAGGACUGAAUGGAUUAUGCAUGAAUAUUGCAUGCUGAAUGAUAAAUCACAGGAUUCUAUUGUUGUUUGCCGUCUCAGGAAGAACAGUGAGUUCCGUCUGAAUGACACCACAAACCGAGGUUCCUCAAGUCAAAGUCCUUUAUCAGCUCAGCAUAAUAGUGAAAAUGUUGUAUCCGAAAUUGGUACUGAUCAAGGGGAGAAGGCAAUUGACUGCAACUCGAAGAAAUCUACUAGCAGUUAUGAUUCUCAUUCUAUUGAGCAAAUGGAUUCUGCAUCAGAUUCGUAUCAAAAACUAACACCGGAAGUGACACAAAUGGAAUCAUCUGAGCACCAAAAGCGUUCAUAUGAUGAUGACUUCUUCGCUGAUAUACUUAAAGAUGAUAUAAUCAAGCUAGAUGAAUCUUCAGUCUCUGUUGCUGAUAACAUACUACCUGUGGUUGAAAAUAAUUCAGAAGCCCAACAAGAGUCGAUGCAAGCCGUUGUUUCUCAGGCCAUUCCAUUUCAAGGUACUGCAAAUCGAAGAAUCAGAUUAAGAAGGACAAGGUUAAGGAUUCAUUCACAAGCAUCAAUAGAACGUAUGACAUCGGGGCAGUCACCAAAAUGUUUAGCAAAUAAUCAGUGCAGCAGAUGUUUGCUAGAUGAUGCAUAUUCUCCACACUAAAUUUGAGGCCAUCGGUCCGCAGUAGUUGUCCAAAUCUCGUUCUGUCAGCUCCAAUCUUUAUAUUUAGGAGGUUCUGUCAACUCCAUUGGAUUGUAGACAUCCAACAAUUUUCAACAAAAUGCAGAAACAUAACAAACACUUGACACAAUGCCAAAAGCAGCUACAACCCAAAGAAUAGUAUGUCAAUGACCAAGAAAGUUACUGAUCACAGAAUGAGUGGCUACUUAAGUUCCUUGUAACAGGC